AUGUCAGUUAUAACUAAUGAAGAAGUUUUAAUAAAUGAAAAUGAUGAACAAUUAGAUAUUCUUCAACGAAAAAGUGCUGCUUUGAAGAAUGCAACAAAUACACUUUUAGAUAAAGUUAGUGAUAGUAAUAAAAAUAUUGAUGAGACUGCAAUAGAAAUGAGAAGUUUAGUUGAUUUAACAAACAGAAGUAUUGAAGGUAUUAGUAAAGUAGUUGGAGCAAAAUUUACUUAUCGACAUUGUUUUUAUUUAAUUUGUGGAUUAGUUAUAUUACUUUUGAUACUAUACUUUGUUUUCUUUAAAAUGGAUUGGUCUUCAUCAAAAGUUGACAUUGUUCCUACAGAACAAAAUUAA